CUUAGCUACUCGAUUUUCAUGAGAAGGAGCAGCAGCAAGACUCGACCAUCAGCAUCACUCCUGUCUGUGGAUUUCAAGCUGGACAUCAGAAAGCUGAGAAAGAAGCUUUUCAAUCAUCCUGAGAUUUGCAUCAAUGCUGUAGAAAAUCUGAGUAAAGAAAUCUCGUUUGUCAGAACAAUGUUGGAAUUGAACAAGCUGCGACUUCUGCUGUCUUUGCUGGCCUAUGUGACUCUGGGUCAAGGUUCCUUGAGGACCAGGAACAUUUCAGACCGAAGCAAAAGAACGGCCUCCAACCGGUUCAGCGACACACAGAGGACAGGCGUGACCGAGUGGACAUCUUGGUUCAACAUCGACCAUCCCGGUGGAAAUGGAGACUAUGAGCGAUUGGAAGCAAUUCGUUUCUACUACAGAGAGCGAGUCUGUUCACGGCCUACAGCCAUAGAGGCUCGAACCUCUGACUGGCUGACAGCCGCAGACACUGGUGAAGUGGUGCACUCUAGUUUGGAGAAGGGCUUUUGGUGCAUCAACAAAGAACAACCAAAAGGCAACAUCUGUUCGAACUACCAUGUCCGCUUUCAGUGUCCCCCAGUGCAGAGUUACUGGACUGAAUGGAGUGAAUGGGGUCCCUGCUCAGCCACAGUUUGUAGUGAUGUGGGAAUCCAGGUGCGCCAGAGGAAAUGUUUGAGUUCUCAGCCCAUGCCUCUCUUGUUUGUUCCAGCAUGUCAGGGACACCACUCAGAGAGAAGGGAGUGUUCAACCCCACAAUGCACAGCCAAAUGGAGUCCAUGGGGUCACUGGGGGAUGUGCUCAGUUACCUGCGGUGGAGGUCAAAGAACCAGAAGACGGACCUGUGUAAGAACCUCAGUCUCUGUUCAGUGUGCAGGUCGUUCUGUUGAUAUACAGAAGUGUGGAAAGACACCCUGCCCUGCCAAAUGCCAGCUUGUGUGCGAGGAAGGCCAUCCUAGUGAGGACUGCAGCCUCUGUGUGUGCGAGGACCACGUGUUGCAUGGAGACGUCCAUAGUGUGACAGGAGUCCCUGUGGAGGGAGCCAGAGUGUCUCUGGCUAGCCAUUCUAAAGCCCUCCAUGCUCAAACCAAUGCUAAAGGGCAGUUUGUGCUCGCAGGAGUCUGCUCCUCCACCUCUUCUUCAAUCAUCAUCAAGAAGGAGAAGUAUGUCCCAACCAUAGUCUCUACCUCUAGUAACACUACUGGAUUGUCCAGGUUAAAGGCUGUCCUCAGAUCAGCUGAAAAGCCUUACGUUGUGAAGCACCCAGAGGACAAAGUGCGUUAUGAAGGAGGACGGGUGCUGUUGUGCUGCUCAGCAACAGGAUCACCGGCGCCCAGCAAGUAUUACUGGUACCACAAUGGGACACUACUUGACAGAAAGAUUUACAAAUAUGAAGAGGACCUUAUGCUGCAGGAUCUAAAGUUUGAGCAUUCAGGGGAGUAUUACUGCAAAACCAGCAAUCCUGCAGGCAGCAUCAAGUCCUCUGUAGCCAUCCUCUCUGUAAUUGCUAAAGGAACACCAGCAUGCGACUCCACUCCUGAAGCACAUCUCAUUAGGCUACCAUUGGACUGUGUCCAACCUGGAACACAAUCAAAGUACUACAAUGCUGGCCGCUGCCCACACAACAAAUGUGCUGGAUCCCUGGAGUUUGACAUGCGCUGCAAAGAUGGAGCUGGAUUUUGCUGUGGGGUUCAGAGUAUGGAGAGUCGGGUCAUUGACUGUGGUAGUUACAGUCUUCCUAUCCGGGCGGUGACAAAAUGCAUCUGUCAGAAAUGUAUGCAGCCAACAGUAAUUGUUCGUGGAAGAGUGGUGACAGCUGACAAUAAUGAGCCUCUGCGAUUUGGGCACAUCUACAUUGGCAAAGAAAGAGUGGGUACUACUGGAUACCAAGGAGGGUUUACUUUGAAAAUCGCUCAAGACACACAAAGGUUAGUGGUAAAUUUUGUUGAUCCCACUGAAACGUUUCUUAACACGCCAAAGGUGUUCAUCUUUGACAAAAAAAGUGGAUCCAUCUAUCAUGAUGUAAAAGUCAUGAGAAAACAAAAACCAAUUGAUAUUAAUUCCAGAGAGACAAAUGUCAUUGAUCUAGGAGAAAUUAAAGGGGAAGAUCCAAUAGGACAGUUAGUAAUUCCUCCCAAUUCCUUUCAUAAAGACACUGGAGAGGUGUAUGAGGGAACUGUGAAAGCUAGCGUUACAUUCAUUGACCCAAGAAACAUUACAACAGCCGCUGCAACCCCUGGGGAUCUCAACUUUGUAGACGAUGAAGGUGACAUGCUUCCUUUGAGGACUUAUGGCAUGUUUUCAGUGGAUUUCAGAGAUAACUCCAGCAACAAAGUUCUUGGAGCAGGAGCUGUUCAAGUCCUCCUUGACACACAGCAUGUCAAAAUGCAAGAGCACAUUCCUCAAAUGAAACUGUGGUCUUUAAACCCAGACACGGGGGUCUGGGAGGAGGAAAGUAAAUUCUCUUACAGCACAACAACUGCAGAUGGUCAUGGACGGAGCAAGCGUGAGGAGCGCACUUUCCUUAUAGGAAACAUGGAGAUAAGAGAGCGCAGACUCUUCAAUUUAGAUGUGCCUGAAAGCAGGCGGUGUUAUGUGAAGGUUCGUGCCUACAUGAGUGACAAAUUCCUACCUACUGAACAGUUGGAAGGUGUUGUGAUCACUUUGAUAAACCUUGAACCCAAACCUGGCUAUUCAUCCAACCCUAGGGCAUGGGGACGCUUCGACAGUGUUAUAACUGGGCCCAAUGGAGCCUGUUUGCCAGCUUUCUGUGAUGCUAUGAGGCCCGAUGCUUACACAGCUUAUGUUACAGCAAUGCUAAAUGGAGAGGAGCUUGAGGCUGCUCCAUCCACACCAAAGAUGAAUCCAAACAUUAUUGGAGUAUCUAAGCCUUUUCUGGAUAAAUUAGACUACCAGCGUUCAGAUCACACAGACUCUGCCCUAAAGAAAACAGCCUUUAAAAUCAAUCUGGCAAAGCCAAACCAAAACAACCUUGAUGAGACCAAUGGACCAAUUUAUCCAUAUCAGAGUAUGAUAGCUUGUGAAAAUGCCCCUAUAGAUGCAAAUCAUUUUAGAUUUUUUAGAGUGGAAAAAGACAAGUAUGAAUACAAUGUUGUUCCCUUUGAGGAAAAUGACUUGACGUCAUGGACAGGAGACUAUCUCUCCUGGUGGCCUAACCCCCAGGAGUUUAGAGCAUGCUUUAUUAAAGUCAGAAUUCAUGGGCAGAAGGAAGUUAUGGUCAGGUCAAGGAACCAUGGAGGAACACACCCAGAAACAAAGGACAAACUUUAUGGCAUUAGAGACAUUCGCAGUACUCGUGACAUGAGAGAGGCGAACACCUCGGCUGCUUGUGUUGAGUUUAAAUGUAGUGGCAUGUUAUAUGAUCAGUCAGAGGUAGACAGAUCCCUUAUAUCAGUGCUUCCACAGGGUAACUGUCGCAGGAUUAAUAUCAACAACCUCCUACAGGAAUACCUAAUUAAACAUCCACCGUUCACUCAGAGUAAUGGGUCUCAUUCUUUUACCAUGAUGGCACCUGUGGAUCCUUUGGGACAUAACUAUGGCAUCUACACUGUCACCGACCAGAACCCAAGGGUGGCCAAAGAGAUUGCUAUUGGACGCUGCUUUGAUGGUACCUCAGAUGGUUUCUCCAGAGAGAUGAAGUCCGACUCUGGAGUAGCACUGACCUUCAGCUGUCCAGAGAGGAAAAUUAACAGGCAAAGUCUCUUUCAACGUCUGCAAACCAACCCAGGUCAGACUUUGUCUCAAAUGGCAAGAGACAUGAGAGACUUUCAGGGUGAGCAAAGGCAAAGGUCAGCUACCCAGGUGGUCUUUCCCUCAGAGCAGCGUGGUAGGACUCAGAGUCGCAGAAUGAGCUCUGGAGCCAGGAGAACAGUGCCUGUGCGAGAACAGCAGUACCAAUAAGUAGUACCAUAGAAGGAGGGUUUUCUAAGAUCGUUCCAUCUAAACUUAUAUUGACAGCAGUUUCAGAGGGAUUUAUGUUAUUUUGUUUUAAUUUUGAGGCAAAUGGUGAAAAAUUGGCAAAUUUAAAGAAACUUCAGGGUAAAGGUUGUCUGAUCAAAAGCAUUCAUUCCCUGAAGACAAUAAAAAGACUGUGGUAGACACCAUUCAACAAAAUCAUUGUAUGAUUGACUGUAAUCGUGAAGCAAAUGGAGACUUGAACAAUUGUGUAUUAAGAUGUAUUCCUUUCUUUCUAAAAGGCAGGUAUCAUUUUGUCUUUUUGUAAAUGUACAACAGGCUAAAAUAGUUUUGUUGUAAUUUCCUAAAUGAAUACAUAAUAUUGGGAAAUGACAAUGGAUUUUAUAUGACUUUUGUGGUAUUUACUUUCUUUCAAUGUACUGUACUUCACUGUAAAUACUUUGUUGAAUUUGUCUGAAUUGACUAUUGUUUUCUAACAAACUUGUUCAUUUAGCAUCAUAAAGAAAUUAAAGGGAAGUUUUUGUUUUUCUGAAACGGCCCAAACUUUUCUGUAGACUCAGAAAACCUUACAAAGGAAGAUGCACUUGAGAAAGACAGAGGGCCAUGCCGGUCAGAGGUGGGGUAGGUUUUAAACCAAGCAUUUUUGUUAUUAUAGUCCUACGGCACAACUACAAUCAGUCAAAAGUCUUCCCGUGCCUACUUCAGAUGUAAGAGGCCAAAACCUUUUCCAAGGAAAGCAUUGAUUUCACUUAGAAAACCUCUAUAAUGAUAAUUAUUUAUUGUAAGAUAUAACCUUAUUAUUGCAAAACAAAAUGUUAUCUGAACAGUGUUCCUGCAUUCUGCAUCACUUAUGCCUAUAAUUUUAUUCACUGCUCAAACGAAUUUUGUAUUAAUAGAUGUUUGUAAACUUUCUUUGUAUUUUGAAGUGCAAUAUUAUCAAUAAAUUUGAGAAUUACUCAAA